AUGCCAAAGUUAAUUUUAGUUAGACACGGUCAAUCCGAAUGGAACGAAAAGAACUUAUUCACCGGUUGGGUUGAUGUUAAAUUAUCUGCCAAGGGUGAACAAGAAGCCGCUAGAGCCGGUCAAUUGUUGAAGGAAAAGAAUGUCCACCCAGAUAUCUUAUACACCUCCAAGUUGACCAGAGCUAUCCAAACCGCUAACAUCGCUUUGGCUAACGCUGACAGAGUCUGGAUCCCAGUCAAGAGAUCCUGGAGAUUGAACGAAAGACACUACGGUGCUUUACAAGGUAAGGACAAGGCUGAAACCUUGGAAACUUACGGUGAAGAAAAAUUCAACACCUGGAGAAGAUCUUUCGAUGUCCCACCACCAGUCAUCGAAGCUGACUCUCCAUUCUCUCAAAAGGGUGAUGAAAGAUACAGAGACGUUGAUCCAAAUGUCUUACCACAAACUGAAUCUUUGGCUUUAGUCAUCGACAGAUUGUUGCCAUACUGGCAAGAUGUUAUCGCCAAGGACUUGUUGGAUGGUAAGACCGUUAUGGUCGCCGCCCACGGUAACUCUUUGAGAGCCUUGGUUAAGCACUUGGAAGGUAUUUCCGAUGCUGACAUUGCUAAGUUGAACAUCCCAACUGGUAUCCCAUUAGUCUUCGAAUUAGAUGAAAACUUGAAACCAUCUAAGCCAUCUUACUACUUGGACCCAGAAGCUGCUGCCGCUGGUGCCGCUGCUGUUGCCGCUCAAGGUAAGAAAUAA